AUGCUGUCAAUCCGACAGAGAUUUCUCGCGCGGCACGCGCAAUCGAUUCCCGGCGCGGUGCACGGGCGUCGAUGGAAAUGCGACGGAACUGUAUCGGACGUCGGGUCGCGCGUUACCGGCGCGGGCCGUAUUGACCUUAUGCGGCUGCGUAGUCUAUGCCGGAGGACGGUCGAUGACCGGCCCCCCUCCCCCCGCGCGACCGAGCUAGGAAUGCCUGCCCCCCGCGCCCCGCUAGCCUGUGCGUCCGAUCGUCGUCACGCCGUCCGGAUUUGCACGUGGGCCGCCGAGUCCGUCCGGAACCGUCCGGAGUCCGGACAU